UGCGGUGUAUUAAAUAGAAAGGGAAUUUUUCUCCUUUGUUGGAUAAAAGUGACCUGUGAUAAACCGUUCGCUAUGAUUUCCACUAAAGUUUGCUCAGCCUGGAUGAAAGUAGUUUUAACCGUUGGCAUCAUUUGUGUUCUUUUGGCGAUGGUUGGAUGUUGCGAGAAUGCAACAGAAAGUGCUACCCCUCUUGGAGUGUUCACGCACCAUUCCAUGCUCAAUGGGUGCAUCACCGACAUUGUUAGAGCUAUAUGCAACGCCUUGAAGCCUUCUCCCAUAAAACGCAACACUGAACUCAUAAACAGCAUCCUUGGUCUUCCAAGAGUUUUACAAGAAGCAGGAAGAUAAGUGUCCCACCUACUCAGUUCCUUCCAAAAAU